AUGGUUGUAGUAGGCGAGAUCUCGCGGCUCAGCUCAGCCGAGGGCCCGGCUGUUGAAGCCCGGAUCGCAACACCUGGCUCUGCAUCCAAGGCCCGCAUGAGCGAGGAGGAGCAUGCCGAGGGCGGGCGGAGGCUAGUUGACGUCGACGCCGAGGUGGCCGGUCGAGGCGGCGAGAUUAUGGGUGAGGACGAGGCGGUGGCGGUGCUGGCAGGGGCACGGGUGGCGGUGGCGGCAGGUGGCGCUGGAGGUGAUGCCGCGGACGAGGUGUUCGUGGGAGGCGAGUCUGGCCAUGGAAGCGAGUCUGGUAAUGGAGAUGAUGGCGAUGAUGGCGAUGAUGCGAUGAGGUAUGCGGGGUAUGCUGCGCUGGACGGAGAUGACGGCAGCUGGUCUGGAUCAGAUGGCGAUGAGGCGGCGAUGAACGGGGGCGACGUUGGUGGCAGCGUCGGCGGACCCACUGGAUGGGACUUACCGGCUACCGAGGUGGUGGACGGGGCGUUUGAGGCCUCUUUUCCUCCUGUGCCCGAGGUGGAGAGGAUGGAUCCCAAAGUUGUGGCCGAGAUCAAAGCCUUUAUGGCCACCGUGCCGGUCGACACCUCGCGCAUGCCGGCUUGGGCCAAGCUUCCUGACGAAGUCUGGCUCCAUCCGCUCCUUGCACAGCUUGGACUCCCUACCGACGACGACACAGCGACGCCAGACCAUGCUGCUGCCGAUCCGUCGACCUGACCCGCCCGAUCUUGAUCAACGCGGUCUAGUGUAACUGGCAUCAAGCCAUCAUCUGCAUCCCGAGCUGCACGGCUCUACUUUCAGCCGACCAACAUCUUAUCCCAAGACACUACAACAACCUGUAAAUCAAUCCUCCCCCUC